AAAAAACGAAUGCGGGGGGGGGGUUAUCAGAAUAGGAAAAAACCCCUAAUUUUAGUCAGAGAAGGUCAGCCAGGAAGCUGGGUACACAGGAGUAGAGGUGUCUUUCUGUGGAGGAUGGGACAUGGGUGAGUGUCUUGGGAGUCUUGGUUAAAGUAGUCGCUAUCACAGCAGCUGGACGGACAAUUAAUCAGAAACUGCCCAGGGGGGAAACUGAGGCUCUGACGUGGACACUUUAUUCUGCAGGACGCACACACACACACGCACACACACCUGCUGAUAGGCUCUCCCAUGGCUUUGUCACCUCUUUCUUUGUGCUUCUGUUCUUUUGCUAUCUUAUUUCCUUCUCGUCGACCUGCUUUCAGUGCUCAUCUCCCUUCUUACACUGCUCUUUUUCUUCUUUCCUUUUUCUAAUGCUUUCUCUUCUGGCCUUGACUGUCCUUUUGUUUCUUUUGCUCUCCUCGCCACUGCUCUGUUCUUCUCCAACAUGUGUUUAGGUCUGCAAACCGCUUGAUGAGAAUCAGUUGAAAGGGCCUCUUGUGAUGUGACAGCUGAGUCCAAAGUCUGUAGGAGUUGCUGCAGAGGGAAGGAGACAGGGAGGUUGGAGGAGAAGAAAAAUAAGGUGAAAGAGGGUUGACUAGUGGCUAUACAUUACCUUAACCACCCCGUCCUUCUUCUUUGCUUUCAUCCCUACAUUUCUGCCAAUCCAUCCCUUCUCUUUCCCCAUGGCUAGCACCAAGUGAUUGAUGUAUUUGAGUUUGACAUGGCCCGGUUCACCCGAGGGCAUUAGCAAGGACACUGGUGAGACUUAGCCAGAUGCUGGGGAAAAGGCAGACAGAGAAAGUAGAUGAUGAAGAAAGGAAAGAGCACUCGACACUGUUGACCACUAUGGCUUGCUACGGUUACUAGGGUGAGUAAUCUUUUUCACGGUACACCUGUCCUUAUUCACCUUGCGGCUUUUUCAGUAUGGUUCAAGUAACAUGGAAUAAUAUGAUUGUAACUGAGCGUACACAUAAAAUUUAAUUAGUUAAUCAAUUCCUUUAUCUCUCAGUACUACAUGUAGAGACAAUUUUUGAAUUUUCCAAGCCUCUGCCAAAAAGAACCUACGGUUCACAUAUUCAGAUCAACUGUCUUGGUUGUUCCUCAUCUUCAACCUCAACCUCUCGUCUUUUAAACAGUCUUACUUAAAAAUAUGCUGUUAUUAUUGUUGUGUGUAUUGAAACAGACGUAGGCGUCGCCGAUGUCGGGACCAUAAGUGCAUCUUCAAUAAGCCCUCGGUGUCUCUUUCCUCAAUUGGAGGCAGGCUGUGUAGUGCUUUACCCUCCAGGGGGGUCUGGGUGUCCCACCAAGCUAACACCCACUUGACAUGAAGCCGUCAAAGGGGGAACAAGGCCCACAGUGUCUCCCUGCCCCAAGUGCUUUGUCCUGGAGUAGGCUCCCGCCGUUGCACCCAGCUCCCAGCCUCACGUGACAUGCAUGAAGAUGAGGGAAGCACUUGUCUGCACGGAGCCAGGCAAAAUAAAUCCAAAAAUGGUCCCAUGUGUUUACGAUGGCAGUGAGUUGCAUGAUGUAUUAAAAAGAAACAGACAAGACAACUCAGAACGAAUGUUGUCGUUAUAAAUCCAAAACUGAUCUUGGGGUCAAAUUCUCACAUGUCUCUGAGGAAAAUUAUUGCUGUUGUUUUUGAGAAAAUUGCCACAAUUAUAUCAGAAUUCCAUGGGACAUUCUCAUAAUUGUUCUAUGUAUUAGAAAAAGACAGAAAUACGUUUGUAAAGACAAUAUAUUUACUUAAUAAAGAUUUAAAUGGGUAGAAAGAUUCAAAAGAAAGCAGUAAUUAUGAGUAAGAUGCUUUUCACUACUGCAAUCACAGGUGAAGAUGGGAUAUCCCAGCCAUCUGCCAGAUUUAUUAAGCAACCAAAAGGUACUCUGUAGACCCCAGACAACAUAUUAACCAACACUAACUAAAACUGGUUUCAGGGCCCCAUGUGCUGGAACAAAACUACCCUGUUAAAGAACAUUUCAUUCUGUUAGCUAAAAACAAAACAAAACAGUUUUUUGCAGAUAUAUUUUAUUUAUUAAUUGGCAAAAAGCAGGAAAAACUCAGGCAAACAUAAAUCUAGAAUUAAUGCUUAUACCUGGAAUGCAAGCGAAUAAAAGUCCACUGUCAGGUCUGAGUUGGCGUAAAUUAGAUGUUCUUCACAGCGCAGGCAACAGAAUUCUACAACUUAAUGGAGAUAAACAACCAGUAGGCUGACAAGUCGAAGUAGAAGUUAACAAGUCAAAUUUAUCUAAGUUUGGUUUUAUGUAGCUUUUUGGAGGUAGGGUACAGAAAAGCAUACAAACCUUCUUGAAGCAUGUAAUCCCACAUUUUCACCUGUCUGCCUCAAGUCUUCUCAGUAAAUAGGCAGUUUUAUCCACUCAGUGUUUGCAAUAUCUCCCAAUCUCUGUCUGCAUUGUGAUGAGUGUAUUGUGUAUGUGUCACCCAGCUGUCUCCGAGUCUCAGACUGCCUGGCUAUCUGAGCAGCAAACACAACAACAACAGGUAUCUUCUGCUCUCCUUCUCACUGCCGCCUACCACACUUCAGGCUUUUGCUCUCUGUUUGGCUUGGCAGCAAUGUGAAGUCAAUAGGAUGAAUAAAACAUACCUGAAUCAGAGCCCUCUACCCUGGGAAAUGUCAAACUGUCAGUAUGGCUUAAUGGGAAAACAUAGGGCCGAUCCCAAGGGUCAGACAGUUUAUUGUGCAGCACCUACAAAAAUGCAGUCUUGCCACUUCGUUUGUUUGUAUGUCACAAACACACACAUUCUUGUUUGCUUUACUAAGUCUCACUAUAAUGUGAUAAUCCAUUAUGUUUCAGAGUGACACAAUAUUUACCAGAGUGGAAACUUGUCUGCACUCGUGUUACUGUAAACCGCUUUGGGUAAAACCAUCCGCCAAAUUACAUAUGGUAACAUCUUUUUGUUGAUCCCCGUGGGUUUAGCUUCAGUGAUGACUACAGAUGUGAUGAUAUGUGCUGGAACGGAGAACAAGCUGAGCACGCUGUCGGACCUGGAGCAGCAGUAUCGCACUCUGAGGAAAUACUAUGAGAGCUGUGAAGUUGUAAUGGGCAACCUCGAGAUCACAAGCAUUGACCGCAGUCGUGACCUCACCUUCCUCAGAUCUAUCAGGGAAGUGACAGGCUAUGUGUUGGUGGCUCUGAACCAGUUUGACUACCUGCCAUUAGAGAACUUGAGAAUCAUCCGAGGAACCAAGCUAUACGAGGACCGCUACUCCCUUGCAAUCUUCCUCAAUUACAGACGUGAUGGAAACUUUGGCCUGCGCCAGUUGGGUCUAAAAAAUCUCACAGGCAAGUUGAAUUAUUUUUUGGUUACUUACAUUUUUUUAUGUUAAUGGACAUGUAAUGAGUAAAAAAACAAAAACAAUCCAGCUUCAAAAAUCCUGUAAUAUCAAUUUUUACAAUUCAGAGUUGAGUUAGAAGGAUCACAUUAAAAUCAGCUGUGUGUAUUAAGAAAAAUUAUAACAAAAGGUGAUGAAAAUAGAGGAUUAUUUUCAUUUUAUGUUGUUUUUAGGCCUCCGUGCAAGCAAUAGUUAGGGCAAGAGACCCAUUCCAUUAAAAAAAAAAAACCCCAAAAAAACAGUGAGUGUCUCCAAAAUGAUCCCCUCAGAAUCACAAUGCCUUUAGUACAAGAACAUGCAAAGCACAUGAAAGUUUAUAAUUCUUGCAAGUCUCACAGUCUAAAGCCAAAUUCCCAUUUAUGCUCAGCAUGACUUUGCUAUCGCUACCAAAUUUGAGCAUUUAUAUCAUGGAUACACUUGAGCUUCAAAAACAAAACUCCAUCAUUAAUAUCUUAGUCAUGGAGUAUCAAACAUUAGAAGUCUAGAUGUUUUCUGAUAAUUCACAAACUUCAAAAGUACUUUUUGGGUAAACUUUAAAGGGUUGUAUCACCAUGUGGUAUAUUUAGCUGAUCAAAACAAGUUAUAGAAUAUGAAAGGUUUCUCUUUUACCUAUAUUUUGAUAUCAGGCUCAUCUUCUAGUGGUCAUUCCUUAAAAUAUCCCUUAAAAUAUAUAUUUUUUCUGCUUCUGGAACUUAAGAAAUUAAAAAAAAUCACAAUUUUAAAAAUGUCAAAUUUUAAACUAUCACCAUGUAAUUUAAAGGUCUGUGACUCUGAAAAUAUUCAGUAUUCAACUAUGACUCAUGGAAGUCGUGACUGGAGUUUUGUCAAACAAGAUUAAAAAACUCAAACAUACAGCCAUGGAUGUAAACUGCAGCUUGACUCUUUUGGCAAAGACACAGAGCAUACUGUAUGUAUACUUGCACUUAUAAUUCACAUUGCACAGUCAAACAAUUUAAGUGUGCUGGAAGUGGGUUACUCUUUACUUUUUUUCUUUAUCUUGACGGGUGCUGUUAUCACAGUUCACCUUUUUAUAUGAAGGGAUGUUAUACCAUCUGACAAAGUUGAGAAAAUACAUCUAAUUUAUUAUUUCCAGCUAUUGCUCAGACAAAACGUAUUCUUGUAUGAGUUACCACCUGAAAUCUAUUUGAGAAUAUUGUGUCCCAGUGAUUGCUGAUAAACUGUGUAGUAAGAAAGAAAGGAUUGUGUGGGCGGCUCUGCCUUUUUAUGAAAAAUGAUCCAGUGCUAGAAGGUUAUCUUCUACAGACUGACCCUGAGGUCAGCACAAAAUGAACCUCUAGACUCGCAAAAAAGAUGCACAGCUUUUCCACUACAGAGCAGCACACCUUUCUUGCAGUGUGUUCGAAAUAAGAUCAAAGCUGCCAUUCACUCAUCUUGAAGCUAAAUCCAACAUCACAAAUGAUCAAAGCGGGAGAAGAUAUGGACAGAAUCGAUACUUUGUGGUGGCUGAAUAAGAGUAAAUAAGGGUUUGCAUGACCCUUGACAGCUCUGAUAAUGUUCAAGAUGGAGAAAUAGAUACAUUAAGUGAUCAAUGCAUCAACACAUCUCUAUGCUUGUGUGUUGAUCGCAAUAAAAAUGUCAUCUGCCACGCAUGUUAGCUCUUGUUCUGCAGCAGCUUUGACAUUAAUAAUGAAUACCUGUAUUGUUGCCUACAUUUAAAAAUAACAAUAACAAAACAUAAAUAAAUAAAAACAAUAAUAACUUUUCUUAAUUGCUUACUCAAAGUGGGUCAUGUUGGGGCGGUGUCUGUUGCAGGUGACAUACUAGUACACAUGUCUUUGGAAAAACUAAUUGAAUAUCAAGUGCAAAAACUGUCACUUUUCUAAAAUGUUUGGUCUGCUGUCAUGAAAAGCAGUCUGACAUCCACAGGAAAGCGUUAAGAAGGAUAUAUGAAUGAUUAGUACCACAAAAAAUGCACGCAUGUUACGACUGAUAAGGAAUGUUGUUUUAAAAUUAUUUCUUAAUUAGAACGCUCUUAAAUCAGAUUUACAGCACACAGAAUUUACUAGAAUUGAACAACUACCUAUCUAAAAAAUACAGACACAAUAUAAAUAAUUCCAAGGGAAACACUGAGUCAUAAGAAGAAGACAGUGACAUUGGCUUGUUCAAAAAAUGUAAAAAGAAAAGAACAAAAUGACCUAGUGAAAUUUUUGAAUUUAUGAAGAUGUGUGAGGAUGGUACUGAGACUGUGCCUUCCUUACCUCUUCCAAAUUCACUUUCUAAAUAAUUCAUUGUUGUCUUCAGCUGUUCUUUCCUGGUUGUUCCCCAGAGUUGCGAGAAACAACGCAGCCAUCAGUCUGCAUGUGCAGCUUCAGUAUGUGCUGGGGUGUUAACGUUCUGCCUUCUAUUCUUUCUCACACGUGGUGCCAUACUUGGGGAAUUACAUUUGUCCAGCAUAGCAUUUUGCUGUGCCCUUCCUUUUCCAUUGUGGUGCCAAGUUGAAGUGAGCGCGGAGGGAGGCCAGGGCGGUUCUCUGUGAGAAGCUGCUGUUUGAUGUGCCAUCCGUGGCCUCAAGCCAUGAAGUAGAGGGGGAAGUUAUGCACAACAACCAGGGUCAGAAUCUGCUCUACUUCAUAACUACGAGUGCUUGUGUUUCACCCUUGUGCUCGCUUUCGUGGUGACAAAAACAUGUUGGUUGUUGUUUGUUCUUAUUAUUAAGAUGCAAUCAUUUAACGAUUAAAGGUUUGGUUUGUGUUGAAGUAUAUUAUGUAGAGAUCGGAAAUGGCUCUCACGGGUGCCUUUAGAAGAACAAUUAAUAUACCCCACAUGGCCCUAAUCAUCACUUGGUCAGUGUGGGAUUAAUAAUAAUAAUGGAUUGGAUUUAUAUAGCGCUUUUCAAGGCACCCAAAGCGCUUUACAAUACCACUAUUCAUUCACUCUCACAUUCAUACACUGGUGGAGGCACUGAGGUGACCUAAAUCACAAAUAGCUUGAUAGUAUUACUUUUAAAAGGACCUAUCAUCUUGUGUCUUGAACUUUUCACAUGUACAUGCAUGUCAGCUUUGGGUAGAUAGGGCCGUUCACGAUCAUGUCUAUAACUGUGGACCCUAGAAAACCUUUAUACAAACUUGUCACUUCAGAACAAGAAACUUGUCUUGAAGGGUCUAUCAUAUCACUGUUUUUUGUGCAGAUGGACCUGACAGUUAAACAAGCUCUUGCUGUGGGGAGAGACAAGUCACUUGUGUCCCAGUUUGUUCUGUUGCAGUUGUCAUCAUUCUGCUGUGCGCAAGCGGAGAAAGGAAAUAAGCUAAAACUAUCAGGAUAAACCCGCUCCUGUACUUCAAGCAGCAGAGAUCAAACUCUUCCUUUCCUUCAGCUGCUGUAGCGAGUCCAAAGCAGUCUCAUUCAUUACGAGGCCUUUGAUGUUGCUGUCAUAUUAGCCCAUCGUUCUUCUUGCAGUAGCUCCCAGGGGAAGUGUAAAAUGAUCAAUAAAAUUCAUAAGCAACAUAUAUAAGAGGAUAAAACAUAUUAAAUACAUAAGGGGCUAAUCGAAAGAAGGCACAGUGAAAGACCCCUUCGGUGCUGAAACCCACACACAGUUCUACUUGGUUUGAAAUUGCCUUGGGAUGAAAUCAAUUUGUCGCUAGUAUAUUGUAGCAUUGCACUUAUUGAUUUUUCUGGUGCACUCACCGCGAGCUGUGAAUGGACUCUCUGGAUUUGAGGGGACUGGAGGAUGGGGUGGAGGACGUCUCUGGCUGAGCAGGGAUAGGACUCCCUCUGAUGCACCUUUCAAUCAAGCUUAGCUAAGUUAUCCUCAUGAAUAUGAAAUAUAAGGCACAGUCAAGCCGGGGAAAGUUAAGGAUAGUGUGUGUGCACGGGGGUGUAUAGAAUAAGAAAUAUAGGCACUAAGUGCAGAAAGUUUAGUUUUGUUGUUUGACAUUUCUUCCUCUGGAACAAAUAACUGUCCCGGCCGUUAUAAGACUAUUCAUUUUUAGGCAUUUUGGGUGUUCAAGUGAGCUCUCUGAUAGCUACAAGGAAAAGCUUUAAAUAAGUCAUUCUUUUUACUUCUCCCUAUGUCCAAGCAAGAAAAAAGGUUAAAUACAGCUGGCUUCUGACAUUUUCAAAGUUCCCUAUCCAUAUUUUGAUGCAUAAUGACCCGCACUGUCCUCCUUCUUGCUACGGCAAACAUUUUCACCACUUCUGUCUGGAUUCACAUGAACCCUGGGUAGCCUCUGUGCUUUCACAUGGUAAUUACAGCCUGCUUCCCUGGCAAAAUAAUAACAGCCUCAAUAAGGAGCACAACACAGAUGAGCUUUCUGAUUUUGCCACCCCCUCCCCCCCUCCAUUUUCCUCAUUUCAUUUCUUUCAGAUUUGUUUUGUGUUGUUGAUUCAUUUUUCUAACCACCCUACGCCUGCACUGCGUCUGUCCAAAAUGAAGCAUCCAAUCUGAGGCCCCAUCUGCUGAAUGAUCCUCUCUCAUCGCAUGCAUGUACACAAGCCUGUGUUUUACGCCAAGGCGUUAACCACUCCUUCAUGGCCCAUCUGCUCUCUCUUUGUCUAUCCCAUUUUUUGUCUUUCUUCCAUCUCUUUAUCCCUGUCUUUGGCUCUCUGUUGGUCAUCAUAUUUUAGUUGGCUGUCUUGAUUUGUCACACUGAUGCCUUUCACACAAACACAUGCAUGCUUGUACCAAUCUGUACUGUAUGCAAAAGUCUCUUGCGCACUUGAGUCUGACUCUGUUCUCCAAAGGCUACUGCAGUUGUUGAGUGUGGAAAUCGACCACGAACAUACAAUAUCAUCUGCUCCGUGUGUCCUUCUUAGUGUUAUGUGACAGUGAUACACAGGGGAAGAAGGAAAAGGAUGGAAUGGGGCACGUUGACGGGAAUGAUUUGAGUUAAUGUGUUUCCCCAGACAAGGAACUGGUAAAUGGGGGGCAUAAAAUUGGUGCCUUUUUCUGAUCCCCAAGAUUUUCGUUCGCCGUCUAACUACUAGUAGACGAAAGAGAAAUUCUGCCACGGGAGCCAGAGAAGAUUGGUCCAGUGCACAUCACAAGAAUUCAGCCAAGCCUCUUGCCUGGGAGCCCACAUACCUCAGGUCUCCUUCAAUUGUGUGUCUAAUUGAUUACUUCCCAUGCAAUUACUCCUGUGUCACACUCAAUAUUUCACCACUGCAGGAAGGGGGCAAGAUGGGGCGUCUUUUUGAAGGACGACAUUCAUAUUGUCACAUUUGUGAGCCUCUAAUGUGGAUUGUGGGGAAGCACAUGUUAAACUUAAGCCCGAAACAAGCCAUGAGUAGUAACUGAUAUCAAGUGAUUGCAGUGUAAUGUGGCUUAGAGAGAGAGAGAAAUUACCAAAGCAAUUUGUUUUUAUGCCACAGGUCAGCAAAGCUGAAUUCCUCAAAAAGUUUAUUUUUGUGUUUCUUUUUUUUAAUGUCUUCAUUUAA